AUGACGUCCUACGACGAGAAUGUCUCGCCCGGCUUCGUGCAUCCCUUCCGCCACAACGACAUAUACAAUACAUCUAUAGCCACCUCGGCCUCGGCAUCCACCGCCUCCGUGUGGUCCGACGCCUCCUCCCAGUCUUCCGAUAUCUCGUCCCAGACGUCUGACGAUGGCUCCUUUUCGGGUACCUCGUCCGACGGCGAGUCGUGCGACUCGUACUGUGGCGCCACGACGAAGCAGCCGGCCCGCGUCCCGGCCCAGCAGCUGCCCCAGCCCGCCCCCGUUCCUGCAGAGCUCCGCAAGAACCCGCGCCGCACCGCUGCUGGGGCCAGCAGCCGGCCUUGCCCUCCCACCCUGUUCCGACAGGAGGACCGCAAGAACAGUUUCGUCGACAACCUUGUCGAUUCCUCUACCCAGAUCGUCGAGGCCAUCUGGCCCACAUCGUCGACCAUCUGCCGCAACGAGACUGGCCGCCGCGACGUGCUCCCUCUCCGCAUGUUCAUCCAGGAGACGCUGCGCCGCUCGCGCACCAGCUACUCGACCCUCCAGGUCGCCCUGUACUACCUGGUGCUCAUCAAACCCCGCAUCCCCUCCCAGAAUUUCACCACGGAGCAGGUCGACGACCGCCUGUCCACCCAGGCUCUCCAGUGCGGCCGCCGCAUGUUCCUGGCCGCCCUGAUCCUGGCCUCGAAGUACUUGCAGGACCGCAACUACUCGGCCCGUGCUUGGAGCAAGAUCUCGGGACUCAACACCCACGAGAUCAACCAGAACGAGAUGGCCUUCUUGUACGCCGUCAACUGGAAGCUCCACAUCUGCGACGACGUCUUCCGUCGCUGGACCGACAUCGUCCUCAAGCACACCCCGCCCUCCGUGCCGCCGUCUCCCGGCGCGGCCACCUCGCCGCUCGUCAUCUCGCAGCAGGAGAGCUGGAGGCACAUCAUCCUGGGCCUCGACACGGAGCUGACCAACAUUGAGAAGCUGACCAGCACCUCCAAGUCGGCCGUCAGCCCCAAGCCGAGGAGGGGCAGCCAGGUGGCCCCCUGGCCCCGGGCGCUCCUCAACAGCGUCACCCCCCACGACGCCCGCCCCGUCCAGAGCUGCCCCGACGUGGCCGCCGCCAAGACGUACGCCGCCCCCAUGGUCAUGGAGCCCACGCCGACGUCGGCCUACACGCCCGGUCGCUGGGCACCAUCCCUGACCCUCCUGCCCACGCCGCGCCUGACACCUCGGGUGAGCGGAGGACUCUGCACCCCUGCCGCGGGUGCCGCCGUCCCCCCUCCCACGGCGUCCAGGAGGGGCUCCAUGUGCAUGGCCAUGUCCCAGGCCAGCAACGUCACCGCUUCCCAGUACCUGGAUCGCCCUCCGCCUUCGCUCGCGUCGUCGCCGCAGUCGUUCUGCCCGGCGCGUCGCUCGUCCCUGGCCAACUCGGUCUCGACGACGUCGUCGCCCGAGUCCAUGGUGUCGGACAUGUCCCGUUCCUCCCGCUCCUCCUCCAUCUCCUCUGCGUCGUCUCUGGCUAGCGCGACCGUGCACUCCAAGAUGAGUGCGUCGUCGCGAUUCCGAGGCGCGAAGCCGAGUGUCAGUGAGAGGUUGAGACUGAAGCCUACGGUUCCCUCCGUCCCCGAGGACUACGGCGAGCACGUCAUCUUCCGGUCGCCGUCCCCCACCGACUCGUAUACGGGUCCGGUCGGAAGGCCCGCGGGGUACAGCUCCGCUGCUGGUAGAAGCCGCCCGUUGGCGGGGCGGAAGCGCCACGUCGACGACAUGGCCACGGAUCCGGCAUCGGACGCUGCACGGGCACUGCAGGACCUCCACGACUACGGAGGUUAUGUCGACGCCACGGCGGCGGCGGCGGCCGCUGCCGCCGCCAGCAAGUACCCGUACGAGAAUCUGCCGCUCCAGCACGAUGUGCGCGACCUUCUCCGCGGUGCUUGCACGCCCUGGCCCAAUACGCUCGUGCGCUCGCGCGGCUUCGUGUCCGACUCGAAUCUUCAGCACCAGAGGAAACGCGUCUGCUGCGCUACCGAGGCCACCAACGGUUUCGAGGCGGCCUCUGCCUCGCAGCCCGGUCUCGGUCUCCGCGGCCCGGGCAUGUGGCAGAGCAUCCUCAACUAG